CAUGAGGACCGAGCGCUUCCGGUGCGUGUGGUAGUUUGCCCUCGAAGGACAGCAAGAAACCGAACCUUCAAUGGCUUCUUUGGUGGCUUAUGAUGAUUCGGACUCAGAGGCUGAGCCCGAGCCUGCAGGAAGUCUUACUCCUGCUGGCCAGAUGAAGGACACUCCUGGUGUGGGCAAACCUUGCGGGUGGGAUUUUGCACCUGGCCUACUGGACAUGACAGAAGGGGGCCCACAGCCCACACAUCCCGGGCCUGAAGCUCUAAGCAGCCUUUGUGAAGGCCCAGGUGGCCACUGUCUCCCGCUGGUUCAGCUCGGGAGAGGUGAUCGCAGGUCUUGCCCCAGCCAGAGGCUGCAGUGGCCCAGGCAGGAGCCUGCAGUCACCUUCCCCACCAGUGAGCCUCCGCACCCUUCCCCGUGGACCAGCCGUGCUCCGGCUGGCCACGUGCCCCCGGCAGCUGCCCGCUUUAAGGGCGCGAAACUCUCCUGGGACACCUGUGACUACCCUGAGCCGACUUUCUGUCGUCAAGCCAAAUCUAGAGUCACUGGUAAAAUUGACAGCUCCUGUCAGAAGAAGAGGCGUGAGGACUGUGUCGUACCGUACACCCCAAAAAGACUAAGACAGAUGCAAGCAGUGAACACAGACACGGGCACCAGUGCAGGUGUGGAGCCCCAGGGUCCCUCUGCCAGGGGCACCCCAGGCCCAGCCCCGCUCUGCGUGGCCCCUAGAGUGUCUGAGUUUAUUCGGCCGUAUUUGGACAGUCAGUACAAGGAGACCAAGAUCCCCAGGAACGUGCUCUUCCACCUGAGAGGCCACGGGGGCCCCGUCAAUGGGAUCCAGUGGUGCCCCGUCCUUUCCCAGAGCCACAUGCUUCUCUCGGCUUCUAUGGACAAAACCUUCAAGGUAUGGGACGCUGUGGACUCGGGGCACUGCCUGCAGACCUACACCCUGCACACUGAGGCGGUGCGGGCCGCCCGCUGGUCUCCGUGUGGCCAGCGCAUCCUCAGCGGUGGCUUCGACUUUGCCCUGCACUUCACGGACCUUGAAACAGGGACCCAGCUAUUUAGCGGUCAAAGUGACUUUAGGAUCACUACCUUGAAAUUUCAUCCAAAAGACCACAACCUUUUUGUCUGUGGAGGCUUCAGCUCUGAAAUCAAAGCUUGGGACGUAAGGACAGGCAAGGUGGUGAGAGGCUACAAGGCGACUGUCCAGCAGACCUUAGACGUCCUCUUCCUCCAUGAAGGUUCUGAGUUUCUGAGCAGCACAGACGCGUCAAGUCGGGACUCCGCUGACCGCACCAUCAUUGCCUGGGAUUUCCGCACCUCCGCCAAGAUCUCCAACCAGAUAUUUCAUGAGAGGUACACCUGCCCCAGCCUCACCUUGCACCCGCGAGAGCCAGUGUUCCUGGCGCAGACCAAUGGCAACUACCUGGCCCUCUUCUCGGCCGUGUGGCCCUACCGGAUGAGCAGACGGCGGCGCUAUGAGGGACACAAGGUGGAGGGCUAUGCAGUGGGCUGUGAGUGCUCUCCCGACGGGGAACUGCUGGUGACGGGCAGCGCCGACGGCCGGGUCCUGCUGUACAGCUUCCGCACGGCCCGCCGGGCACGCGUGCUACAGGGGCACACGCAGGCCUGCGUCGGCGCCACCUUCCACCCUCUGCUGCCCUCCGCCCUCGCCACCUGCUCCUGGGAAGGGGACGUGAAGGUCUGGCACUGA